AACCAUUUGAUCGAUUCCAAUUCCACCGACACGCGAAGGAGACGAAGACGCAGCGAUGGGAAAAACUUCGGGAGCGAAACAGGCGACAGUGGUGGUCGCAGCGUUGGCGUUAGGAUGGUUAGCCAUAGAGAUCGCUUUCAAGCCUUUCCUCGACACAUUCCGUUCCUCAAUCGACAAAUCUGACCCGUCCAAAGACCCCGAUGACUUCGACACCGCCGCUAAGGCAACCACAUCCAAAGAGAGUUUAUAAAAUUAGGGUUUUGUCAGAUUAAAGAGAUUUGCUGAAUUCAAUCCAUAUAUGUUCCAAUUUCAUGUAAUUGAUGGACCCGAAGCACUUUCUUUUGAGUCAUGAUCGUUGUUUCACUAGUCAGUUUUUGGAAAAUUCUGCUAUAUUGAAUCUAUUAUUAUUGUUCAAUCGCAUAA